AUGAGAUAUCAAGUUUGUAAACACCACUUGACCGGAGAAGUUCCUAGCCGUGGCCCUUACUCCAAGUCCAAUCAUCCAGUCCUAUUCAGAUGUGCAUUUGAUGGCUAUCAGGACACACACUAUGCGCACGUAGGUGAGCAGCUCUACAGAGAAUGUGACAUCUUAGGCACGGUUGACUUCUUCGCUGCAGCCGUGUUCCAUAUGUGUACAAUCCGGACACAAGACCCUAUUUUGCAUCGAGUUGUGACGGUCACAACUCAAGGUGCAGAGGAACAAAAUGAGAACUAUGGUUUCUCCAUUAUAAGUAGCAAGAUCUUGGUGUAUGAGGGGGAAGAGUUUAUUGUAGUUGCGUAUCUAGGCAGUCCUCGAAAGAGCCACGCCACAGUGGUGGUUAUGGAAACAAAACUCGGGCAUUUGAUUGAUCCUAAAUGGUAG